UAAUAUAAUGGCUUGUAUAUAAAUAAAACAAUGACAUUCUUAACUGUCUGACAACAAUUACGUAACAUUCCUAAUUGAUCAGAAUCGGGGAAAGCAAAUCGAUAGGAAUAACUGCAGGAUAGAUCGUUUUCCAAGUUUUCUUAAGUAAAUUGGCGUAUGUAUGUUGUUUAUAUGGAACGUUUGAACCGUAAUUUAAAAAAAAAACUAAACUAUAUUUCGCUUUAAAAUCAGCCUUUUCCUAUCUGAAAUAUAAGUGUUGACAUUAUUUAAGCCGUGAAUUAACACACUAAUGGAAAUAUUUCCUACUUUGGAGGGACAAUGACUUAAUCUGGAGAAUUUUCUACCAAGAAGAAUGGAUACAGUUACAAAUUAUUUUCAAUUACUUUACACUAAUAUUUUAUAAAAGGCUCAAAAUUGUUUGUUUAAGGCAUAGAUUAAACAUAUAAUUUCCGCACAGUCGAACUCGGCUUUGCUCUUAUCGGUUCAAAAGUUCGAAAAUGUUAAAACUAUUGCUUUUUCAUUAUCCUGACACUGGACAUAACAAGAAAGGCUUAAUGCUGGCGACGACGGAAAACGUGAAAUCGGCGGCAAUUGUUCUGUCGUAGUUUUCUGACGUCACGUUAUAAGGAAAAAGCGUAUCAUCAAAAUACAGGAAUACGUUUGGCUAUGUAGUCAGUCGUUCGGUCGUUUCGUUAACCUGGAGAAAUGAAAAACAUUACGGGAUGAAGACGUCAUAAACAAAAAUGGAGGGAAGAAUAGAAACAGAUAUCCGGGCAAAGGCUGUUGAACAGUACAAAGUUCUAAGUGCAGUACAUUUUGGUAUGGGGUUUCUACUGCUGUUUUUCGCCUCAUAUACAGCAAUGAAUAUACAUGGCGAGGGAAAUGGAACCUUUCCGUACUACCUUGCCUCUAUUAUCUCUAGUAUAGGGAUUAUCAUAGUGUCAAUAAUAGGUGUGGCAAUUUACGACAGAGGACAACACGAAUGUGGAGCGGAAUUGGUUCCCCUAGUCAAGCCUCUGUUGAAGGUACACUUCGUCAUAUCACUCCUGGUUACUGUUACAUUUGUUGCGGGGUGUAUACUCACAAUAGUGUAUGGACUUUGUCCGUCUAACACGUGCUCUUAUUCUACGAACUAUACAUUCAAUUACGGAAUGGCGGCGUUCCUGUUGGGCUUACAAGUACUUAGCAUGAGCACAUCGAUAUUAAGUAUUAUAAUGUUUCGUCAUUACCGAAAACAUUUUGUAGUGCAUCCAAAAUUUUCUUCUCAUGUUGAAUUUGAAAACGAUAUGUGAUAGCAGAUAGACGGGGCUUUUAAACAGUCGGUAUUCAACUCUUAGAAUGCAGUCUUGCCACUGGUCAUUUUCAAGAUUUUAUACCAAUGAGCUGCUGAAGUUGUAGACUGGUCUCCGAGCAUAUUAUUUCAAGGACACACUACAAGGCAUGCAACCCAAGAUUCAACACAGACACUGUUUGCUAUUCUUGUUUUUAUCACAAGACUGCAUAUUUUCAUGUAUUGUAGUUCUCACGCGGCUCCGCAUUGUCAUGUAUUGCAGUUCUCACGCGACUACACGUUGUAAUGUAUUGUAGUUCUCGCGCGACUACACGUUGUAAUGUAUUGUAGUUCUCGCGCGACUGAAUGUUGUCAUAUAUCGUUGUUUUCAGUGCUAUAUAGUAUCAUUUGUGUUGUUUACUUAAAACAUAACAUAUAGCUAGUGUAUACUAGUACUUUGUACGAAACAAAGGGUAAGCAAAUGGAGAACUUAAUAAUAAAGUGACCCUAUGUUCAAAUGCUGGUUUAAUUAGGAGACAAUACUAUUUGUUUUUUUUUGCAGCCGAUUACUUGUUUGACUCUGGCCAUUUGCACAUUUGGUUCUGUGUAACAAUAAAGAGAUAGUGUUGCCUGUAUAAUGGUGUUUUGUAUAAUUUGCAACUAUUCAUGAUAUAAAUGAAUUUAUACUCAGCCUGUCCCUUAGUAUCGGAAGUAAAAUUUCGCGCAUGCGCAAUCUACAUAGGGCAGAAGUAGUAAAUAAAUUUGCUGUAUGUUCUAUACAAAAUUAACAAUCUUCUGAGAGCUGUAACACAUAGCCAGGCCCAUAUUAAAAAGAAGUACAUAAAAAAAAAAAAAAAAAAAAAAAAAACAGCAAGAAAA